AUGUCUCGUCUGCUUGUGUUGGUGAACUGUGCUGUCCAGUUGCUCUUCUCCAGCGACAUGCUUGUGGUAUCAGCAACUCUUGUUCCUCUCUCCUCAGACCGUCCCCCUGCUCCUGUCAACGUGUCUGUGAUGCACCUGAGGGCUGACUCAGCCACUGUCUACUGGGAGAUACCUGAGGGUGAAGUCAUCAUCGGCUUCUCCAUCUCACAGCAGAGGCAGGAGGGCCACACCCAGCGCUUCAUCAGAGAGGUGAACACCACCAGCAGGAGCUGUGUUCUGUGGGAUCUGGACCAGGAGACAGACUAUAUUAUCCAGGUCCAGUCUAUUGGUCUGUACGGAGAGAGUCAGGCCAGCAAGAGGGUUCACUUCAGAACCCUCAAGAAGUCUGACCGCUUCCCCUCCAACAGCUCCAACCAAGAUGACCCUGCUGUGGAGGGAGUGGACAAGUCCCGACAGCUACAAACUGGGGAGAUGAUCAUCAUCGUGGUAGUGCUUCUCAUGUGGGCAGCUGUAAUCGCCUUGUUCUGUCGGCAGUAUGACAUCAUCAAGGACAAUGACUCCAGCUCCGGUAAAGACAAGGUUAAACCGUCGUCAAUGGCGAGCACUCCAGAACACUGCUCUGGAGGACUGCUACGGAGCAAGGUACAUAGAUGA